GGUCGUGCGCGCUAAGGAGGAGCCGCCGCCGCCGCCGCCGCCGCCGUCGCCGCCGCCGCCACCGCUACCGAGGCCGAGCGGAGCCGUUAUCGCUGCCCCGCUACCCACCGCCCGCCUGCCCCGGAGCAGUCCCGGGCCCUCCCGCCCGUGUCCAGAUUUUUACAAAAUACAAUGUCUAAUGGUUAUGAAGACCACAUGGCCGAAGACUGCAGGGACGACAUUGGGAGAACAAAUCUAAUUGUCAACUACCUCCCCCAGAACAUGACUCAGGAGGAGCUACGGAGUCUGUUUAGCAGCAUUGGUGAAGUUGAAUCUGCAAAACUCAUUCGGGAUAAAGUAGCAGGACACAGCUUGGGCUAUGGCUUUGUGAACUACGUUACUGCGAAGGAUGCGGAGAGAGCGAUCAGCACGCUGAAUGGACUGAGGCUCCAGUCAAAAACCAUUAAGGUGUCCUAUGCUCGUCCAAGCUCAGAGGUCAUCAAAGAUGCCAAUUUGUACAUCAGCGGGCUCCCAAGGACCAUGACCCAGAAGGAUGUGGAGGACAUGUUCUCUCGGUUUGGGCGAAUCAUCAACUCCCGGGUCCUUGUGGAUCAGACCACAGGUUUGUCCAGAGGGGUUGCGUUUAUCCGGUUUGACAAACGGUCGGAAGCGGAAGAGGCAAUUACCAGUUUCAAUGGUCAUAAACCCCCAGGUUCCUCCGAGCCCAUCACAGUGAAGUUUGCAGCCAAUCCCAACCAGAACAAAAACAUGGCGCUCCUCUCCCAGCUGUACCACUCGCCUGCAAGGCGGUUUGGAGGCCCCGUGCACCACCAGGCACAGAGAUUCAGGUUCUCCCCUAUGGGUGUAGAUCACAUGAGCGGGAUUUCUGGUGUCAAUGUCCCCGGAAACGCGUCUUCGGGCUGGUGCAUCUUCAUCUACAACCUGGGGCAAGACGCGGAUGAGGGCAUCCUCUGGCAGAUGUUUGGCCCCUUUGGCGCUGUCACCAAUGUGAAAGUGAUUCGUGAUUUCAACACCAACAAGUGCAAAGGGUUUGGUUUUGUGACCAUGACAAACUAUGAAGAAGCUGCAAUGGCCAUAGCAAGUCUGAAUGGCUACCGCCUGGGGGACAAAAUCUUACAGGUUUCCUUCAAAACCAACAAGUCCCACAAAUAACUCGUUCAUGCUUUUUUUUUUUUUUGUACGGAAUAGAUAAUUAAGAGUGAAGAAGUUGAAACUUUUUUGUUAGUGUACAACUCAUUUUGCGCCAAUUUUCACAAGUGUUUGUCUUAGCCUAAAUGAAACGUGAAAAGGUUUUUAUACUCUGGGAUGCAACUGACAUGUUCAAAUGUUUGAAAUCCCACAAUGUUAGACCAAUUUUAAGUUUCUUAAGUUAUUUCCUUUAAAAUCUAUAUUAAACAAAACCUAAGUAGACUGCAUUGACUAACCAGUCCCUCUGGAUGGUGGUGGAACUUAAGCAUGUUUUAACACUCGUCACUCGCUGUCUCCACAAACUGGAUUUUAACCAACGAUCCUUUAGUUUUAGUUUUUCAUCUAAAGAUGUAGACAGAUUCCAAGUAUGCGGUUUUGUUUUGUUUUGUUUUUUUCUUUUUUUAAUUUUUUUUCUUUUUCUCUUUUUUUAAUGAUUUAUGCUUUGGUUGACAGGAAAUUGAUUACUCAAGGGGUCCCACUGCCACCUCCUGCUCACUCAGUUCUGGGCUCUGCCAAGGUCCUAGAGGUGGUAAUAGACCUGUUCUGGGUGGGCCAUCGCCACAGAGGGUGCCCCCACUGGGCCAGGCCAGCCCCUCCUGAGGACACAAAGGUGUUCCCCAGGCCUGAGCACCAAUGGGAAUGGACCAAAGAGUUUCAAGGAAACUCCAGUAUAUUCCAGAGUCAGACCUGAGCUCCAGGCACACCUGAAGAUGUGUCGCUCCUCUGACAUCCCCACUUUCUGUCCCCACAUUGCAUGCACAAGUGCCCCACACAUUGGAUACUGUUGUUCACCAUUUCUCCUGUUUCCAAGAGCAUUUAACACAGCUCGAAUGCGCAAGAUAACUGAUUGUUAACAACAUGUGAACAUUUGAGCAUUGUAUUUUUCGCAUCCCUCCUUGUGAGCGCUAGACUUUUUUCUAUCUCGGAUUUUGUUUUGGAAUUUUGCUUUCGUAUGGACACUCAGCAGAAAAGUACUUCUUGCCAGUUAUCUAUUAACAAAAAAAACCUUUGAUUUGUAGUUUUAAAGAUUAACCCUCAAAAGUUCUCUUCAUAACUGCCUUGACAUUUGGGGUUGUUCUGUUCUGUUAAUUUUCUUUUGCUUUUUUGUGUUUUUUGUUUGUUUUUACUUUUGCAUUUAAUACCAUUAAAUUUGAUUUUGUUUUGCUCGAGUUUUGUUUUGUUUUUUGUUUUAUUCUUUUCUUUCUUUUUGGCUAGGGAAGACACAGAAAAGCCCAGUGUUCAGGGAGGAGUCAUAAGACAGUAAGAAGCAAACACUUGCCUGGAAGAGAAACCAUUUGUUAAUCCAUGGCAUAGAAACACUCCCUCAUGGAUUGAUUGGUGGUUCUUCAUCUGGGAGCUGUAGGCAGGCUCAGAGGGGAAGCCUGUGCAGGAGUGGGGGCCUGCGCCCCAACAGCUCUUUUGGAAAAAUAACUACUGCACAGAAAAAAUCCAAACCAGGAAAACUCAGUACCAGCAGCUCUUAGCCUUAACACAAGACUAAAAGGUGUAAAGGCAGGCUGUUUCAUAGUUCUUCAUAUCAUAGGAUGAUAGCAGUUAUUUAUCUAUUUAUUUAUCUAGCUCUAUUUAUUUAUCUAGCUCUAUUUAUAUAUUUAUUUAUGUGGAAACCUGGGCGGUAAGAUAAGCACAGAGCCUCCAGAGCAGGUCAGCAUAUUGAGAAGCCCUUGGACAGUUUGAGGCUGCCUUCUCCCCUUCCCCCCAGCCCUGACCCAAAAGAGGUAGCCACAAGUCCCCAGGUUUUGUCUUAGAAAAGUGGACCAAGUGCUGUGCAGACUCCUCCCCAGAAAUUCCAGGUCAUCACUCAGCCAGCCCAUGAGGCCUCCUUUGGAACCGAAAUCAAGGCCCAUAUGCCCCAGUUCUCACACCAAAGGGUCCUUCUGAUGCCCCAAAGGGCUCCUCACCCCAAGCCAGAAUGUUUUUCUGGUUCCUCGGACUGACAUCUGAGUGGAUGUG